CAGCAGAAAUUUUCCAUUUGCUGCUGUGAUGGAGGCCGGUGGCGACCCUACCGAAGACCUUCUCCUCCGGCGGCCUUUGCAUCCUGUGAGCAUCAGCGGCUGCCAGCUCCUCGUGAAAAGCUGGUUUGGUGAUGCAGCGUACCACGUGUUGCUGACAGACAUGCACUGUGUAUGGGAGGAGAGGAUGAAUGCAGCGGCCAUCCAGAGCAGAGCGCAGGAGUUGAACCGGCGUCUGCGAGCGUCGGUCGGAGCCUUCUUCUCCCACCUGUGUGAGGUGGUGCAGCCCUGCCUGUCAGGAGGCCUGGCUGCUGGCGAGGCUCAGAUCUCCCUGACCCGACCGGACAACGGGAACAUCACUGUGAAGCUGAAGAGCGAGCUGGCAGGUCUGCCGUUCUACUGGGAGUUCCGCUGCACACCUGCCCCCGUCGCUUUGGCAUGCGCUCAGCUCGUGCGCCCUCUGCUGGUGAUAAGCCGCCUGCUGCAGCAGCAGGUGGAGCAGCUGGGAGGUCUGCUCUCCAGGAAGGAUGCAGAGAUUCAGGACUACAGAGAGAACGGAGCCACGCUCAGCAGAGAGCGCCUGCAGACGGAGGUCUUUGAGAAGCUCACCUACAGAGAGAACUUGAUAGCAAAGACGCUUCCUGCUCUGUGGUCUGAACCCUCGGACUCUCUGGGCUUCGACGCCGAGCUUCAGCAGUUGUACGUCGCCGCCGUCGCUCACAGGAAGCGUAAACGGUCAGAGGAGCACCGUGUUGAGGAGGAGUCACCUGCUGCGGAGACAUCAGAAGUCAAAUCUGUUAGCAGCGAAGCAGCCGAAGUCGUCAGGAAACAGAAUGACAACGACGAGGUUGAAACGUCCGACAUGAAGACGGCGAACAGACCCACAACGCAGCAGCACAAACGCGCAGAGCGACAGUCCUCCAAACCAAAGAAGAAGAAAGUGGGACUGUUCCGAUGAGUCCAGCUGCAGGGCGCUCGCACAGUCCAGGAGUCCAUCUUGACUUUCAGACGUCUUCCUUUAAAAAUACGUUUUAUGAAUUUAACCCAACAAAGACGAUUUUAACAUCUGAGCUUUUAAGAGGUUUCACUUUGAUCAGAUAGUCUGGUUUUUAAUUGUUUUAAGCAAUAAGUUUUGUGUUGUUUUAAACCAAAUAAACGUGGAUGAAAAAUAGUUUAGUUCGUUUAAAUUAUUUACUCAUGACAUGAUUUGGGCUGCGGUAGCUUG